CUCAGUGUGAUGUCUUCACUGGUGGCCUAUGAUGAUUCAGAGUCAGAGGAUGAAUCCUUUCAUCAGGAGGAGGAGGGCACAUCCGCUUCUGCUAAAACUUCUUAAUCUGUCACUUCGGCCUCUGACCAGACAGUUUUACAACCAGAAGGAAGCAGUUCUUCACCACGUUUUUAUUCUCAGCCACAGUCAUGCGCAGACUGGGAGAGAAACGUUUGUAGUGACAGUUCAGUUCUUCUGCACUUACCUGCAGCUCAGGGAAGCGUUGCACCCCUGCAGCCUCCUUCGUGCAUCCCAAGAAGCUUUAGUGAUGGAACCAAUCCAGCAAAAAGACUACCCACUGUUUUGUCUGGUGUUAAACCGUAUGUCUCAAAGAGAAAGAGGCUUUCUGUGGAGUCAAUGAACCCAGAGCGCCCAUCAGAGCAAGACCAGGGGGACGAGACCAGGAACAGUCAAAUUCUGUCAGAUGCGCCUCCGCGACUGAAGGCCUAUCUUGGUGAAAAGCCAAAAGCAGCAGGGAUACCGAGGAAAGUUCAAAUGAGCCUGGAGGGCCACCGAGGCCCAGUUAACACGGUGCAGUGGUGUCCUGUUCCUCACCUCAGUCACUUGCUGCUGUCUGCCUCCAUGGACAAGACGUUCAAGGUGUGGGAUGGAGCAGAAAGUGGACGAUGCCUCAGGCGUUACACCUGCCACUCGGGAGCUGUGCGUGAUGCCUGUUGGACCCCUUGCGGGCGACAGCUCCUCACCGGCUCAUUUGACAACACGGCUGUGAUCACUGACGUGGAGACGGGACAGCAGGUGGUGAAAGUGAACAACCAGUUUAAAGUGAUGUGCGUGGCCCUGUACCCCGGCAGCCCAGAUGUUUUCCUGUGUGGAGGUUACAGUCCAGAGGUCAAAGCCUGGGACUCUCGUUGCUGCAAGGUGGUGAAAGUGUACAAAGCAGGGAUCCAGCAGACGUUGGACAUCCUUUUCCUGAGGUGCGGGCUGGAUUUCAUAACGAGCACGGACUGUGUUAGCAGGGACUCUGCAGACCGGACCCUCAUCGCCUGGGACUUCCAGACCACAGCCAAGGUUUCCAACCAGAUUUAUCAUGAGCGUUACACGUGCCCGAGCUUGGCUCUCCACCCACAGGAGGAGUCGUUUGUUGCCCAGACCAACGGGAACUACAUGGCACUGUUUUCCUCCCAGAAGCCCUAUAGAAUGAACAAGAGGCGGCGAUUUGAAGGACACAAGGUGGAGGGAUUUGCUGUCCGGUGUGAUUUUUCUCCGGAUGGGACGAUUCUGGCUUCAGGGAGCUCCACGGGUUCGGCUCACUUCUAUGACUACCAAUACGCUCGCAUGCUGCACUCUUUCCAGGCUCACAGCCAGCCCUGCCUUUGUGUUUCCCAGCACCCCGUCCUCCCAGCGACUGCGGUCACCUGCGACUGGGCGGGCGACAUUAAGAUCUGGCACUGA